UAUGGAAAGCAAUUAAAGUUUUCAUUGAUCCAAAUACAGUAAAAAAAGUGAAAUUAAUUCGUAAAGAAAAAAUUCAACGAACAUUCAAUGAAAUGUUUACCCCAGAUACAAUAACAUGGUUAUUAGAUGAAAUUAAAUUAAAUAAAAUCAAUAUCACAGAAAAUCAAUUGAGAUUUUGGGAAUCACCACAUUCAUAUGAAUUACAUGAUCCACGUGGUACACAUGAAUAUAUUCAACGUUGUAUAGAACCAUUAAAAUUAUUCAUUGAACAACAACAACAACAACGACAGCAACCACAGCAACCACAGCAACCAAAACAACAAUCUAAACAAAAAUCCAUUAUAUUAACAUAUGAUAAUUUAGGUUUAAAAACUCAUAUGCCACAUACAAAUAUUAUGGAUUGUUUAAAUAAAACAUUAAAACAAGUUAAAAUUCAAUCAUUCUAUAAUGGUAAAUAUAUUAAACCAAAUAAAGAAGAAUUACAAGCAUAUGGAGUUGAUAUCAAUGAUAAUCUAUCUGAAAUUAGUGGAGGAUCUGAAGAAUAAUAAUAAUAAUAAUGAUAAUGAUAAUAAUAAUGAAAUGAUUUAAAAUAUGCUCCUUUUCAUGAAUUGAUCUUCUUUUAUUAUUAAUCUUAAAACUCUAUUUUGAUCUUUCUAUUCUGUUCAUUUGACUUCAAUGAUCAUUGUUCAAUAUAAAGUUGUAUAUUGAACUCUUGUGUAAUAUUUUUUAUAAAAAAAUUUCUU